AAAAGACUCAAGAUGGGGAAGUUAACGCGGUCACCUCUGGUCCGACCUGGUCACCCACGGGUGUCUUUUUUCUAUUUCAGGAGAUUCUCCAUUCCCUCUCUUCUCUCUUUCUUUGGGAAUUGGGGAAACGAGCAGAGAUUGGCAUGAAGCCAUGAAGUUGUAUGGAGCCACCGUCUCAUUUCCAAAACUCGCCAUUGCAGCUCUGUUCUUCGCCGCUUGUCUCUUCCCCUGUUCUUCCGCUAAGGUCGGGCAAUCCUGCACUUCAAACCAAAGCUGUGACAAGGGUUUGCUCUGUCAAGCGUGCCCUGCAAAUGGAAAUGUUCAGCCAAGAUGUACUCAGAUCCAGCCGAUCUCUCCCACCUCCAAGGUAAAUGGGCUACCCUUUAAUCGGUAUUCAUGGCUAACGACCCACAAUGCUUAUGCCCUUUUGGGAGCAAAGUCAGAGACGGGUGCUGCUAUCCUCUCUCCCAAAAACCAGGAAGAUUCCAUCACCAGUCAGCUCAAUAAUGGCGUUAGGGGUUUGAUGCUUGAUAUGUAUGACUUCGAGAAUGAUAUCUGGUUGUGUCACUCCUACGGCGGCCAAUGCUACAACUACACUGCAUUUCAACCUGCUAUUAAUGUUUUGAAAGAGAUUCAAGCCUUUCUUGCUGCAAACCCUUCGGAGAUUGUCACCAUUAUUAUCGAAGACUAUGUCACUUCCCCACAGGGAUUGACUAAGGUCUUCAAUGCUUCAGGCCUCUUAAAUUUCUGGUUUCCUGUGUCUCGGAUGCCCAAAAAUGGUGGAGAUUGGCCAACGGUUGAUGAUAUGGUAAAACAGAAUCAACGUUUAGUGGUUUUCACCUCUAAAUCAGCUAAGGAGGCAUCUGAGGGAAUUGCAUAUGAGUGGAACUAUGUUGUAGAGAACCAAUAUGGUAAUGGUGGGAUGAAAGCGGGUUCCUGUCCAAACCGUGCAGAAUCAUCUCCCAUGAACACAAAGACCAGAUCACUUGUCCUCCAGAACUACUUCCCUGGUGCCCCAAAUCAACUGGAGGCUUGCAAAGAUAAUUCGGCUCCACUUAUGGACAUGAUGAACACUUGCUAUAAAGCAUCUGGAAAUCGUUGGCCAAACUUCAUAGCUGUUGAUUUUUAUGAGAGGAGCGAUGGAGGGGGCACCCCUGAAGCUGUAGAUGUAGCUAAUGGUCAUCUUGCCUGUGGCUGUACCAACAUUGCCUAUUGCAAGGCAAAUGCGACCUUUGGUACAUGUGAAGUUCCCACCUCAACCUCAGCCCUAGAAUCUAGUCCUCCUCCUUCAACUUCAACCAGGAAUGCUACUCCAAAUGGGGAUUCCAUCGUUGCUGCUUCCAUGGGUAGAAGAACCUUUGAACUGCAUUGGUUGGUUAGUGUAGUCUCAACGACUGCUCUAUCCUUGCUCCUAUGUUCAUAAUCUCUCAGAUUCGCUCCAUUUCCUUUUCUUCUACUAUUCUCAUCCUCAAGAUUUUUUAUUUUUCUAAAAAACAAUUAAUUUAAUAAUGAGUUAUAGCUUUACUGUUGACCAA